AGAAAAAGCUGCUGCUUGCCUGAAGAACUUUAGUCUUUCGAUUUAUAAAAAUAAAAGCACGUUAUUGUAUCUGGCUCUGAGGAUUUAAAACCUUGCUCUGCUUUAAAACACUGAGGUCAAUGGCUUCGCGCCAGAGUUCAAGGCUAAGGAUCUGUCUUUUAGAGACACACACUCCUAGCUUUACUCCACCCCCACCGCCCAAAGAAAGGAAAACUGCCGCUGAGGCGACACGUGAUUGGAAAGACCGACUGAAACAAAAAUGAACCUGAGAGAUGGGCUGAAUACAUCCAAAGAGGCAGACAGGCAACAAAAGUCUACAGAAAAAAUCGUUCUGAAGAAAAGAAGGCCAUUGAGAGAGAACAAAGCAGGCUUCGGAUGCAGGCUAUGAGAGCCCGAAAAAAAGCAGAGCAGCCAGAGCAACCUAGAUUGACUCGAGCUGCUAAAGAGGAGCAGAGAGAGAAGUGGAGGCAGGCGAAGGCAAAGUGGUGGGUGAGCUUACACCCCCAGAAGUAACGCCGUCAGAGGGAGAAGAGAGCCCAGCGGGAAAGAGAAAAGCGAGCGAACAAAAGAGCUGUUAUGAAUUCAUCAGAAGACAGACAGCACUCCUCCAGGAAGUCUCGGGCUCCUGAUCCCUCACAGCUGUGUGAGGACAUGAAAUCAGAGACAUGCAAAGCGUCAGAAGUCUAUGUGAAGAAAGAGGAGACACUGGAGCUAAACAUCUUCAACCAUGGAGACGACCUUGACAACCCACCUGAAGAUCUCUCCAUUAAAGUGGAAGAUCCUGACAAGAACGACUACCUCUACUGUGAAGUUUGCAAAUCCUUCUUCUUCAGCAAAUGUGAGGUUCAUGGACCGCCCCUCUUCAUCCCAGAUACUCCUGUUCCCAUGGGAGUCCCUGACCGAGCCAGACAAACUCUUCCUCCUGGGUUAGAAAUCCAGAAGUCCAGUAUUCCUGAUGCAGGCCUGGGAGUGUUUAAUAAGGGGGAGACUGUUCCAAUAGGUGCACACUUCGGACCCUAUCAGGGAGAGCUAGUAAACAGAGCGGGAUCCAGGAACAGUGGAUACUCCUGGGUUAUAUGCAGGAGCAUGCAGUGUGAAGAAUACAUAGAUGCCAAAAGAGAGAUGCAUGUGAAUUGGAUGAGGUAUGUGAAUUGUACCCGUAACAAUGAAGAACAGAAUCUUGUGGCAUUUCGGUAUCGAGGGGGAAUUCUGUAUCGUUGCUGUCGACCCAUUAACCCAGGACAGGAGCUCUUGGUGUGGUAUGAAGAGGAGUACACCAAAGAACUUAGUCCUGUACCUACAGGAAGAACCAGACAGCAAGAAGUAAAGGACACUCUGCUGCAAGUCUUUUCCUGCUCCACAUGUCCUCGUUCCUAUGCAUCUCAAAUUGACCUCGACAAACACAUCCAGAGAUGCCAUUAUGAAGAAUAUGUGAGACUUCGGGAAUCAAAUGAGAUUAAAUAUGAACUUCAAAUCCCCUCCAAAUGCUCCAGUAGUGAGCCCACAUCAACUGAUACUCUCAGUUCUGACACAUCUUAUAAUGAUAUACAGAAGGGAAUUCACCACUGCUCAGACAGUGGAAAAAGUUUUGGUCAUCAGAAUGCACUUAAGACAAACCAGCACCUUCAUACAGGAGGAAAUCCACAUUACUGCUCUCAGUGUGGAAAGAGUUUUACUCGUCGGAGUCAUCUCCAAACACACCAGCGUAUUCACACAGGAGAGAAGCCGUAUCACUGCUCACAGUGUGGAAAAAAUUUUACUCAUCAGAGUAAUCUCCAAAAACACCAGCGCAUUCACACAGGAGAGAAGCCACAUCACUGCUCACAGUGUGGAAAGAGUUUUGCUCGUCGGAGUGAUCUCCAAAAACACCAGCGCAUUCACACAGGAGAGAAGCCAUAUAACUGCUCUCAGUGUGGAAAGAGUUUUCCUCGUCAGAAUAAUCUCCAAAAACACCAGCGCAUUCACACAGGAGAGAAGCCGUAUCACUGCUCACAGUGUGGAAAGAGUUUUGCUCAACAGAGUAAUUUCCAAACACACCAGCGCAUUCACACAGGAGAGAAGCCGUAUCACUGCUCACAGUGUGGAAAGAGUUUUGCUCAACAGAGUAAUUUCCAAACACACCAGCGCAUUCACACAGGAGAGAAGCCGUAUCACUGCUCACAGUGUGGAAAGAGUUUUCCUCGUCAGAGUGAUCUCCAAAAACACCAGCGCAUUCACACAGGAGAGAAGCCGUAUCACUGCUCACAGUGUGGAAAGAGUUUUACUCAUCAGAGUAAUCUCCAAACACACCAGCGCAUUCACAGAGGAGAGAAGCCGUAUCACUGCUCACAGUGUGGAAAGAGUUUUACUUUUCAGAGUAAUCUCCAACAACACCACCGCAUUCACACAGGAGAGAAGCCGUAUCACUGCUCACAGUGUGGAAAGAGUUUUCCUCGUCAGAGUGAUCUCCAAAAACACCACCGCAUUCACUCAGGAGAGAAGCCGUAUCACUGCUCACAGUGUGGAAAGAGUUUUGCUCAACAGAGUAAUUUCCAAACACACCAGCGCAUUCACACAGCAGAGAAGCCGUAUCACUGCUCACAGUGUGAAAAGAGUUUUACUCAUCAGAGUAGUCUCCAAACACACCAGCACAUUCAUACAGGAGAGAAGCCGUAUCACUGUUCACAGUGUGGAAAGAGUUUUACUCGUCAGAGUCAUCUUCUGGAACACCAGCGCAUUCACACAGGAGAGAAGCCGUAUCACUGCUCACAGUGUGGAAAGAGUUUUGCUCAACAGAGUAAUUUCCAAACACACCAGCGCAUUCACACAGCAGAGAAGCCGUAUCACUGCUCACAGUGUGGAAAGAGUUUUACUCAGCAGAGUCAUCUCCAGAAACACCAGCGCAUUCACACAGGAGAGAAGCCGUAUCACUGCUCACAGUGUGGAAAGAAGUUUACUUAUUCUAAUGCACUCAAGACAAACCAGCGCCUUCACACAGGAGGAAAUCCACAUUACUGCUCUCAGUGUGGAAAGAGUUUUACUCGUCGGAGUCAUCUCCAAAAACACCAGCGUAUUCACACAGGAGAGAAGCUGUAUCACUGCUCACAGUGUGGAAAAAAUUUUACUCAUCAGAGUAAUCUCCGAAGACACCAGCGCGUUCACACAGAAGAGAAGCCGUAUCAUUGCUCACAGUGUGGAAAGAGUUUUGCUCAUCGGAGUGAUCUCCAAAAACACCAGCGCAUUCACACAGGAGAGAAGCCACAUCACUGCUCACAGUGUGGAAAGAGUUUUACUCGUCAGAGUAAUCUCCAAAAACACCAGCGCAUUCACACAGGAGAGAAGCCACAUCACUGCUCACAGUGUGGAAAGAGUUUUACUCAUCAGAGUAAUCUCCAAAAACACCAGCGGAUUCAUACAGGAGAGAAGCCGUAUCACUGCUCACAGUGUGGAAAGAGUUUUACUCAGCAGAGUCAUCUUCAGCAACACCAGCGCAUUCACACAGGAGAGAAGCCGUAUCGCUGCUCUCAGUGUGGAAAGAGUUUUACUCGUCAGAGUGAUCUCCAAAAACACCAGCGCAUUCACACAGGAGAGAAGCCGUAUCACUGCUCACAGUGUGGAAAGAGUUUUACUCGUCAGAGUAGUCUCCAAAAACACCACCGCAUUCACACAGGAGAGAAGCCGUAUCACUGCUCACAGUGUGGAAAGAGUUUUACUCAUCAGAGUAGUCUCCAAACACACCAGCGCAUUCACACAGGAGAGAAGCCGUAUCACUGCUCACAGUGUGGAAAGAGUUUUCCUCAUCAGAGUGAUCUCCAAAAACAUCAGCGCAUUCAUACAGGAGAGAAGCCGUAUCACUGCUCACAGUGUGGAAAGAGUUUUGCUCGUCAUAGUUGUCUCCAAACACACCAGCGCAUUCAUACAGGAGAGAAGCCGUAUCACUGCUCACAGUGUGGAAAGAGUUUUACUCAGCAGAGUCAUCUCCAGAAACACCAGCGCAUUCACACAGGAAAGAAGCCGUACCACUGCUCACAGUGUGGAAAGACAUUUGGACGUCACAGUAAUCUCCGAACACACCAGCGCGUUCACACAGGAGAGAAGCCGUAUCAUUGCUCACAGUGUGGAAAGAGUUUUGCUCGUCGGAGUGAUCUCCAAAAACACCACCGCAUUCACACAGGAGAGAAGCCAUAUCACUGCUCACAGUGUGGAAAGAGUUUUACUCACCAGAGUCAUCUCCAAACACACCAGCGCAUUCACACAGGAGAGAAGCCGUAUCACUGCUCACAGUGUGGAAAGAGUUUUACUCGUCAGAGUAAUCUCCAAAAACACCAGCGGAUUCAUACAGGAGAGAAGCCGUAUCACUGCUCACAGUGUGGAAAGAGUUUUACUCAGCAGAGUCAUUUUCAGCAACACCAGCGCAUUCACACAGGAGAGAAGCCGUAUCACUGCUCCCAGUGUGGAAAGAGUUUUACUCGUCAGAGUGAUCUCCAAAAACACCAGCACAUUCACACAGGAGAGAAGCCAUAUCACUGCUCACAGUGUGGAAAGAGUUUUACUCGUCAGAGUAGUCUCCAAAAACACCAGCGCAUUCACACAGGAGAGAAGCCGUAUCACUGCUCACAGUGUGGAAAGAGUUUUGCUCAACAGAGUAGUCUCCAAAAACACCAGCGCAUUCACACAGGAGAGAAGCCGUAUCACUGCUCACAGUGUGGAAAGAGUUUUGCUCAACAGGGUAAUUUCCAAACACACCAGCGCAUUCACACAGGAGAGAAGCCGUAUCACUGCUCCCAGUGUGGAAAGAGUUUUCCUCGUCAAAGUGAUCUCCGAAAACACCACCGCAUUCACACAGGAGAGAGGCCGUAUCACUGCUCACAGUGUGGAAAGAGUUUUACUCGUCAGAGUGAUCUCCAAACACACCAGCGCAUUCACACAGGAGAGAAGCCGUAUCACUGCUCACAGUGUGGAAAGAGUUUUACUCGUCAGAGUGAUCUCCGAAAACACCACCGCAUUCACACAGGAGAGAAGCCGUAUCACUGUUCAGAGUGUGGAAAGAGUUUUACUCGUCAGGGUCAUCUUCAGCAGCACCAGCGCAUUCACACAGGCGAGAAGCCGUAUCACUGCUCACAGUGUGGAAAGAGUUUUGCUCAACAGAGUAAUUUCCAAACACACCAGCGCAUUCACACAGCAGAGAAGCCGUAUCACUGCUCACAGUGUGGAAAGAGUUUUACUCAGCAGAGUCAUCUUCAGAAACACCAGCGCAUUCAUACAGCAGAGAAGCUGUACCACUGCUCACAGUGUGGAAUGAGUUUUACUCGUCAGAGUGAUCUCCGAAAACACCGGCGCAUUCACACAGGAGAGAAGCCGCAUCACUGCUCACAGUGUGGAAAGACGUUUACUUAUUCUAUUACAUUUAACACCCACCAAUGCAUCAAGUUAGAGACAUUGCAUGAUUUAAAGUUGUCAAAUUAAAUAUGGUUAUUAGUUAUUAACCUGAAAAUGACCUGUAUUUUGAACUUUGUUAUAUGACCAUUUUUUAAAAUAUGUAACCUUAAAGAUGUUUAAAAUAAGAA